AUGUACACUCAAGGCCAAAUGCACAAUCUAACCUCUUUUUCUGAUUUUUUGCUCUUGGGAUUUUCAGACAUUCAAGAACUACAGAUCUUAAACUUCUUUGGGUUUGCAGCAAUAUAUUUGGCAGCAAUGACUGGUAAUCUUCUCAUUAUUGUGGCUGUAGCCCUUGACCAUCACUUGCACACCCCCAUGUACUUCUUCCUCGUGAACUUGGCUAUUGUGGACCUUGGCUUAAUUUCUGUCCUUGUACCCAAAGCUAUGGCCAACUGCCUCAUGGACAGCCGGUCAAUUUCUUACUUUGGAUGUGCAGCUCAAGUAUUCAUGUAUCUCCUUUUUGCUGGUUCAGAUUUUUCCUUUCUAGUUAUAAUGGCACAUGACCACUACGUUGCUAUCUGCAGUGCAUUGCAAUAUGAGACGAUUAUGCACAAGGGAUCUUGCAUUUGGAUGGCAGCUGGAGCAUGGAUUAGUGGCCUCCUCUAUGCUGUAUUGCACACGGGUGGCACUUUUGGCAUUACCUUCUGCUCCAAUAUUAUCAAUCAGUUCUUCUGUGAAAUUCCACAGUUACUGAAGCUGUCCUGCUCUGACUUAUAUCUAGUUGAAAUGAGCCUCCUUAUUUUUAGCUUUGUCUUAAUGAUGGGAUGCUUCACCUUCAUUGUUUUAACUUAUGUCAAGAUCUUUGCAAUCGUACUCAGAAUCCCUUCAGUGAAGGGUCAGAAAAAAGCCCUCUCCACUUGUAUCCCACACCUCACUGUUGUAUCUCUGCUUGUUUUCACUGGACUGUUUGCUUAUGGGAGGCCUCCUGCGAACACGUCAUCUGAUCUUGAUAUUGUAUUCGCAGUAAUCUAUGCUAUACUCCCUCCACUGCUCAAUCCAUUCAUCUAUACCAUGAGAAACAAAGCAAUGAAGGGUGCUUUGUUGAAGUUGUUCAGAUCUGAACAUUUUUGUAAUCACUAA